AUGGCUCCCGCCGUUCGCGUCGUCCCACCUUCCGAAGCGAAACAGCUGGUCGACUCCGGUUACGUCUUUCUCGAUGUUAGAACGCCUCAGGAAUAUGCAUCUGGGCACGUCGCGGGAUCCUCCAACAUUCCCUUCAUGCUCACCGCUUCUGACGGAUCCAUGGUUAGAAAUGCGGAGUUCCUGGAGCAAGUGAAGGCGAAGUACUCACCCGACACGCCGCUUGUUCUGGCAUGCCGAAGUGGAAAGAGGUCAAACAUGGCUGCCAACGCCCUCAGAGAAGUGGGCUACACGUCACUUGCGGAUAUGGAAGGAGGAAUGUUGGCCUGGAAGGACUCGUUGGCUCCUUGA